AUGAUACAGAAGACAUCUCUUCAGGGUUCGGAAUUAUGUCCAUCUAUUGCAACAGUGAACUACACAGUUGAGUUACGGGUGUCUGUUCUCAAUAAAUUCCAGUCACGUACAACAGAGGGAAGAAACGAAUUAAAAUAUAAGGUUGUUCUUGUAGGACCACCUAAAAAGUCUGAACCAUUUACAAAGUCAGGUGAAGCAAAAAUACCAAAGCCGCCAAAGAUGGUCGUAGAUACGAUCCGUUACAAUCCCAGUAUUUGUACAUGUGGAGAACACGGAUGCCAGCCUAACUAUAGGAUGGAGAGGAAAGUUCGGUGGAUAAAUGAAGAUGUCAGCUCUGCUACAACGGAACAGACGGGUGAGGCAAAAACGAAAGAAAACGACAGUAGAUGUGAUGACAAGCAUGGUGGUGGCAAUGGCGAUGGUGGGAGCGAUGGCAGAGUUAAUGGUGAUGACGGCGAUGGUAGGUGCGAUGGCAAAGUUGAUGGUGAUGACGGCGAUGGUGGAUGCGAUGGCAGAGUUGAUGGUGACGAGAGCGAUGGUAGGUGCGAUGACAAAAUUGAUGACAGAGUUGAUGGAUACGACGGCGAUGGUAGAGUUGAUGGUGACAAAGACGAUGGUGGAUGCAAUGGCAAAGUUGUUGGUGAUGUCGGCGAUGGUAGGUGCGAUAACAAAGUUGAUGGUGACGACGGCGAUGGUGGGUGCGAUGGCAGAUCUAGAGUUGAUGGCAGAGUUGGUAGUGACGACGGCGAUGGUAGUUGCUAUGGCAGAGUUGAUGGUGACGAAUUCGGUGGUGGAUGCAAUGACAAAACUGAUGGUAGAGUGGAUGGUGACGACGGCGGUGGUGGAUGUGAUGACAAAAUUAAUGGCAGAGUGGAUGGUGACGACGACGAAGGUAAAUGCGAUAGCAGAGCUGAUAAUGACGACGGUGGUGGUAGAUUUGCUGGUGACUAUGACAUUGACAGAUUCGAUGGAAAGGUCUUUGGUCACGAAGACAAAGGCAACUACAGUGACAGGCUUGAUAUUACUGAAGUCAAUGGCGGGCCUGAUUUUAGAAGCUAUAAUGAUAAUUACGCUGCAAGGACCGAUCCCCGUAUGUUUGGUACCAAUAAAUUUUUGGAUGAUGAUACAGCAGACAUAUCUCCAGCGUUCGGAAUUAUGUCCAUCUAUUGCAACAGUGAUCUACAUUUUUGGAGGAAAGUUCAAGACGAUGUUGACAAGGAGUAAUUUAUUGUAUGCAGCUUAACUUGUGAAAUAUUUUGUUUCUUAAAAACCAUUUCAAAAUAAAAUCAAGAAAUAUUUUUUCAA